AUGAUACCUGAAAAAAGACUGACAACUAAUAAGGAUAUGAAAAUAUGGAUGGAUUCCACCACAAUGGAUUCUUUGGUGGAAUUUGUCACAAUUUUGGCAGAUUCGGUUAGAGGUCGUGAGAAUACUGCUUACAAAGAACCUAUUAGUAAAGAUAUGGAACCUACAAUGCAACUGCUAAAGAAAGUUAACGACUUAAUAGAUAAGUAUCCGGUGAUUCAGGAUGCUAAUACCUCUAGGUUUGGUAAAGUGGAAUUUAGAGAUUUUUAUGAUGAUUUACAAACACACGCCGAGGAGUUGGUAGCCACCACAUAUCCAAGCUUAAAUAAGGAUCAAGUUGAAGAACUAGCAGUAUAUCUAUAUGAAUCUUGGGGCAAUAAAAGGAGAAUAGAUUAUGGUUCAGGUCAUGAAUUAAAUUUUGUUUGUUUUAUCUACGGACUUUACGUUUACAAAGUGUUUGAUUUGGAAAGGGAUGCCGCCGAUUUGGUUUUAAAGGUAUUUGUCGAAUAUUUGAGGAUUAUGAGGAUUUUAGAGACUAAAUACUGGUUAGAGCCUGCAGGGUCCCACGGUGUUUGGGGGCUUGAUGAUUAUCAUUUUCUACCAUUUUUGUUUGGAGCCCAUCAACUGGCUACACAUCCUCAUUUAAGACCCAAAUCGAUUCAUAAUGAGGAGGUUGUCGAAAUGUUCAUGGAUAAAUACAUAUAUUUUGGUUGCAUUGCAUUUAUUAACUCUGUUAAGAGUACAGCAUCACUAAGAUGGCAUUCCCCCAUGUUAGAUGACAUUAGCGGCGUGAAGACUUGGGCAAAAGUGGCAGAAGGUAUGAUUAAAAUGUACAAGGCAGAGGUACUAAGUAAGUUACCUAUCAUGCAGCAUUUUUACUUCGGCAACAUCUUGCCCUGUCCUGAAGGUAUAUCACCCCCAAAAGGAGAUCAUGGUCGGGAUCUCUGUGAAGAAGGCCAUGUACAUAACACUUGGGGCGAUUGCUGUGGGAUUAAGAUACCUAGUGCUGUAGCUGCUCAUGAAGCUGCCAAACAAAACCGUAACAUCAUACCUUUUGACUAA